GCUGCCACCCGCCCUGGGCUCCCGCCAUGGAACUCAGCGCCGAGUACCUGCGGGAGAAGCUGCAGCGGGACCUGGAGGCAGAGCACGUGGAAGUGGAGGACACGACUCCCAACCGUUGCGCGUCCAGCUUCCGAGUCCUGGUGGUGUCGGCCAAGUUCGAGGGGAAGCCGCUCCUUCAGAGACACCGGCUGGUGAACACGUGCCUAGCAGAAGAGCUCCCGCACAUCCAUGCCUUUGAGCAGAAAACCCUGACCCCAGAGCAGUGGGCCCAUGAGCGGCAGAAAUAAGGGACCUGGACCUGCACCGCCAUUAAAUUAUGAAUCAGGGCCGGC